ACGCGUCACACUGUAGAGAAUAUUAACAUGGAGGACUGCGUUGCGGUUGAAAAGAGCCCGGAAGAGGUGCCCUCGGUCCUGACCUCCAGACCUCAGACAGGGCUGUCCUUCCUGGCACCAGAACCAGAAGAUCUGGAGGACCUUUACACCAGAUACAAGAAGCUGCAGCAGGAGCUGGAGUUCCUGGAGGUGCAGGAGGAGUACAUCAAGGAUGAACAGAAAAACCUGAAGAAGGAGUUCCUGCAUGCUCAGGAGGAGGUGAAGAGGAUCCAGAGCAUCCCUCUGGUCAUUGGCCAGUUUCUGGAGGCUGUGGACCAGAACACGGCUAUUGUUGGCUCCACCACAGGGUCCAACUACUACGUGCGCAUCCUGAGCACCAUCGACAGAGAGCUGCUGAAGCCCAACGCCUCAGUGGCUCUUCACAAACACAGCAACGCUCUGGUAGACGUCCUUCCUCCUGAGGCCGACAGCAGCAUCAUGAUGCUGACGUCAGACCAAAAGCCAGACGUGAUGUAUGCCGACAUCGGUGGGAUGGAUAUUCAGAAGCAGGAAGUCAGAGAAGCGGUGGAGCUGCCUCUCACGCACUUCGAGCUCUACAAACAGAUUGGCAUCGAUCCCCCCAGAGGAGUCCUCAUGUACGGACCUCCCGGCUGUGGGAAGACCAUGUUGGCCAAGGCUGUGGCACACCACACCACAGCGGCUUUCAUCCGUGUGGUGGGCUCGGAGUUUGUUCAGAAGUAUUUGGGUGAAGGUCCUCGGAUGGUGCGGGACGUCUUCCGGCUGGCCAAAGAGAACGCUCCUGCCAUCAUCUUCAUCGACGAGAUUGACGCCAUCGCCACGAAGCGUUUCGAUGCUCAGACUGGAGCUGACAGGGAAGUGCAGCGGAUCCUGCUGGAGCUGCUAAAUCAGAUGGACGGCUUCGACCAGAACGUCAAUGUUAAGGUGAUCAUGGCCACUAACAGAGCUGACACUCUGGACCCGGCCCUGCUCCGACCCGGCCGUCUGGACAGGAAGAUUGAGUUCCCGCUGCCCGAUCGCAGGCAGAAACGUCUCAUUUUCUCCACCAUCACCAGUAAGAUGAAUCUCUCUGAGGAGGUCGACCUGGAGGACUAUGUUGCCCGACCCGACAAGAUCUCUGGAGCCGACAUCAACUCCAUCUGCCAGGAGGCCGGCAUGCUGGCCGUGCGUGAGAACAGGUACAUCGUCCUCGCCAAAGACUUCGAGAAAGCUUAUAAGACCGUCAUCAAGAAGGACGAACAGGAGCACGAGUUCUACAAAUAGAGAGAAGCAGACUAGAAGGUGUCCAGACAAACUGGUCUGUUAUUGAUGUGUGCCUGUAUCUGCAGUGUCUCUGUGUGGAUUUACAGCCUGUAUUGAUUUUUUCUCUCUUUCUGGACUAAUUUUACUGUGUGCAGCGCAGGGCCUGACGUCAGAUCGGUCUCAACCCUGAGACAACACACAACCACAAGGGAGAAGUGUUUUUGAGCAGGCUCUCUGGUGGUUCUAGAAGUAUCAGGCCCUGGCUGUAGCUACAAGAGAACGUUUGUAUCUGUGUGUCACUCAACAAGGUGUUACUUUAAGAAAUCCAUUAAAGGCAUUUUCCAUAAAAAAGGA